AUGAAUCUGGGACAACUUCUUUCGAAUCAGUUGUGCACCUCACCGGUACUAUAUCGACCUACACCAAUCCAUCCAGUCAUUCAGUCCAACAAUUCGUAUUAUCGUGCUGCUGAGAGCACAGAUUUGCCACUUGAUCUCAGCCAGUCAUCGACUGUUGCUCAUGAUACCCCUCAGCAACCCUCAUUUCUGCCCACUUGUACCAAUCCGAACAUCAACUCCAAUUGGAUCGCCAUCAAGUUUGGUGCUUCGGCGACUGGUCCAAAUCGAAUGUCAUAUCCACGUGAAUUUAAACUGAUGGUUAUAAAUUAUUAUUAUGCGAAUGGUCAAAAUAAGUAUCGAACUUGCAAAGAAUUUCAAAUCACAAAGUCAAUGUUGAAUGGAUGGCUGCAGAAAGUUGAUAAAAUACGGCAAUCACGUCCCGGUUCGCUGAAGUCGGGUCGAAGUGGACGAAAGCCACAAUUUCCGGAUAUUGAAAAACAACUCUUCGCAUUAUAUUCAACGCAUUUGGGCAGUGGUCAGAAGGUCGGUAACCGUUGGAUUCGUGAAACAGCUAAAAAUCUUGCACAGCAGCAGUGCUCAAAGCAACAAUUAGGUGGCAUGUGCCAGUUCAGUGAACGGUGGCUGAGCAACUUCAAGAAACGAUAUCAUAUUAAUUUGAAUCGCGAUUGGUCUUCAUCAGCUUCAAGUAGUUUUGGUUCAGGAGAAUCAAUUGGCUCAGCAUCGAGCACAACUGGCGAUUGUGGGCGUCGAUCACCUGGAAAGAAUGAAGAAGGUAUUGAUGAAGGCAAUAAUAUCAGUGAUACAGAUGAUUACAGAUCCGAUUCAGAAAGCGUUACAAGUGAAAAUUCCGAGAGAACUGUUAACAGUGAACAAUAUCAAUGUUCAUCAAUUACCAAUGAUCAAAAGCAAGUUAAUGAGAUCCUCAAUAAACCAGGACAGUUGCCUAUUCAUGCAUUUUAUGAACGUUUUCCUUGGUUAUGUCGCAGAAAUAAUGCUGGCACUGAGCCGGGUAGACGUGGUCGUAAAGUACAGUUUCCGGAUGUUGAAAAAGUUCUUUUUGAACGACUCCGAAAGCGCCAGUCGAAUGGUGAUCGCAUAUCAAAUCGUUGGCUUCAGGAGCAAGCUCGUCAGUUGGCCACACAAUUGUGUCCGAAUGUUCUUGAGGAGGCAACCAAAUCAGCUCGUUGUCUUUUCUCAGAACAUUGGCUGCACAACUUCAAAAAACGCUACGGAAUACGUUGA